GAGCCAACAUGGCGGCACCUUCUGUGAAUCUACUGAAGGAAAUUGUUUUCCAAACAAUAUCCGCAGUGGCUUGUGGAUGAAAACCAUUUGAAGAAUUGGUGGCAUUGGAAAAAGCAAUACUGCGAAUUGAAGCAAAAAUAUGAUGGAGAAAUACCUUCUUGAAAGACCAUCAAGCAAAGAGCCACACUGCGUCUGGUCUUAUUGACGUCACAUCCGCUCAUAAUACUUGCUGCACUAUUUUUGUCUUCAGCGAGUUGGAUGGAAAAGCGUCGAAUUACCCAAAAACAAUGUGGGUCGGCAUGCAGAGUGUCAGAAAUAGCCUGGAGAGAGAUGGAUCUGGCGGUCAGCCAUGUUUGUUGACGUCCGCCCAUAUAGUGUUCGGGUGACGGCAUGUUGCAGUGGCAGAUGUGAGCAUUUGGCGUCGCACAUAACCUCAUCUCAACAAGGUGGGAGUGAAUAUUGACAAACAUGCCGCAUGGAGGGGUUGGUGAAAGGAGCUCUGCAGAACUUGCAGACGAGACUGGUUGAAACUUCGCCAUUUCCUGGAGGAACUGACUUGUGGAUUUAAAUGUGUCAGAUUCCCCUCCCCUCCCGAUUCUCUGCUGCUGGUGCUGAUAGUGGCGGAGAACGAGCGGUGCCGGUUCAGCAGCAGCAGCAUCCCCGAGCAUCUCUCGGGAUCCCUGCAGAGCGUCUUUUCGUCUGUCACCGAUCAACCAGCGGCUGCUUCUACCGGCCUCAGCCAGACCGACGCUCAAAUGAGGUGCUGCAUGGAGACUCGUUGUACCUGGAUUUUCUCUGAGCUGCUGAACGUCCUUUAAAACAACAUCUGCUAAAGACCCUGAAGGCGUGUCACCUUCUGUCUUGAAGACACUGCGGUCCUUCUUGUCUGGCUUCCUGGAUAAACACAGGCAGAGGAGAGAAAGAAAAGACAAACGAACCGGAGUUUUAAGAAAAUACACUCUUCAUGAAUUCCCCAGGGCAGUGAGGGUGAAUACUUUGAGUGGGCUGCUGGUCCUGAGGAGACAUAUGGACAAUGGGUAUGGCUUGGCUUUGUCUCCCAGCCUGCACUAUUAUCCUGGCCGUUUGCUGGAACACAGCAGUUGCAGAAACGGACGUCAUUCCUCGACUCACCUUCCCUUACAAUGCGAAGGAGAGGACGAGCAAAAGCUUCACAGCCAGCGGGGUGCUCAACUUCACCUCCGUGCUCCUCAGCGAAGAAGAUGGCACGCUCUACAUCGGCGCUCGGGAGAUUCUCUUUGCUCUCAACCUUUCUGAUAUCAGCGCAGCCAAGCUACAAAGAAAUAUCACAUGGGAAACUCCAGAUGGGAAGAGAGAAGAGUGCAUUUUUAAAGGGAAGGACCCACAGACGGAUUGCUUCAACUACAUCAAGAUUUUACUCCGCGUGAACAGCACUCACCUCUAUGUGUGUGGAACCUACGCGUUCAGCCCCAUCUGUGCUUAUAUCGACUCGUCAGAUUUCUCUCUGGUGCGGAGCGAAAACGGUGAGGUUGUUUCUGAGGAUGGAAGAAGCCGCUGCCCGUUCAACCCGGAAUACAAAUCCACAGCCAUCAUGGCGGAUGGUGAGCUUUAUGCGGGUACAGUGAGUAAUUUCCAAGGAAACGAACCCAUCAUCUACAAGAGUCUCAGUCAAGGGACGUCUCUGAAAACCGAAAACUCUCUCAACUGGCUACAAGACCCGGCCUUUGUGGGCUCUGCCUACAUCCAGGCCAGUCUUCCCAGGGGCAAUGAGGUGGGCGAUGACGAUAAGAUUUACUUCUUCUUCAGCGAAGCAGGGAAGGAGUUUGAUUUCUUUGACAACACCAUUGUGUCCCGCAUCGCUCGUGUGUGUAAGGGAGACCUGGGGGGAGAGAGAGUCCUGCAGAAGAAAUGGACCACCUUCCUGAAGGCUCAGCUCCUCUGCUCCUUACCUGACGACGGCUUCCCCUUCAACAUCAUCCAGGACAUGUUUGUGCUGACGCCCAGCCCAGAGGACUGGAAGAACACCAUGUUUUACGGCGUCUUCACCUCCCAGUGGUACAAAGGCGCGUCGGGGGCUUCUGCUGUCUGCUCUUUCACGAUGGACCAAGUGGACCGGGCGUUCAACGGCAGAUACCGCGAGGUCAACAGGGAAACUCAGCAGUGGUACACUUACAACCAUCCUGUUCCUGAUCCAAGACCGGGCGCGUGCAUCACCAACACAGCCAGAGAGCAGGGCAUCUCCUCCUCCCUGCACAUGCCAGACAAGGUGCUGAACUUCGUCAAAGACCACUUCCUCAUGGACAGCGUGCUCCGCAGCCAGCCGCUCCUCCUGAAGCGCAACGUCCGCUACACCCAGAUCGCAGUCCAUCAAGUCCGUGCCCUGAACAAAGCCUACGACGUGCUCUUUAUCGGGACAGAUGAUGGGAGGAUUCACAAAGCCUUGAAUGUGAAAAACAAGAUGCACAUCAUUGAGGAGAUCGUGGUCUUCAGCCACUCCAAGCCGGUGCAGCGUAUUCAGCUGGACUCACAUAAGGGUCGACUGUAUAUUACCUCCCUGUCUGAGCUGGUGGAGCUCCCGGUGGCCAACUGCUCCAACUACCAGAGUUGUGGGGAGUGCGUCCUCUCACGCGAUCCCUACUGUGGCUGGAACGGACGGCAGUGUGUGAUGAGCAGCCGGUCGCCAACCAGCAGUGUGUGGCUGCAGGAUGUCGACGAAGCAGAUACAUCAGUCUGCAACAAAACCGUCUCCAGUCCACGGUCGGUUAAACCUCCAGUGACACGGCCGUCUUCAUGUCAAGUGGUCAUCAUCCCCGCCAACACGUUCAAAGUGCUGCCCUGCAAGCCGCGCUCCAAUCUGGCCGAGCAGAGCUGGAAGUUCAGCGAUAGCGUGGGUCACUUUCAUUACCCGAGCCCGGAGGGAGGCCUGGUGGUGGUGGCUCAAGCAGACCGCCUGGAGACCUACGAGUGCUGGUCGGUGGAGGAAGGCUUCAGGCAGCUGCUGGCCAACUACUGCGUGAAGGGCGAGGCCAAGGAGGAGAGCACCACGCUGAUCGGGCACUCGCGCACUCAUCUAAUCUCCCAGGACGAGUUUGUCAUCCUCCCCGGUGAAGCCCGCUCGCCACAGAUCAACACGAAGACCUACUGGAAUGAGCUCAUCGUGGUGUGCGCCCUCCUGGCCUUCUCACUGCUGGUCUUCUCCCUUUUUGUGGUGUACCGGAACCGAGACCACAUGAAGUCCAUGCUGAAAGAGGGCGAGUGCCCCAGCAUGCAGCAGAAGAAGCCCAGGAUUAUCGUGAAACCUGCCGAGAGCCUUCCCCUGAACGGCAACGCGGUCCCGGCCUCCGUGGCAGAUCACAAAGGUUAUCAGACCCUUCAUGACAACUACAUCUGUAGCACUCCGCCGCACGAGUGCACCUCCCCUGACAACCACAAGAGCUUCUUAGAGUCUGAGAAGAGAGUUCUGGACUUGAAGGACAGUCACGUGAAGCUAUCCCCGACGAGCCCACGGCCGCGGGUCAGACUGGGCUCGGAAAUCAAAGACUCCAUCGUGUAAAGAGGAAAUGAACCACAACUGAACGAGUGCACUUGGAAAAGGACUCUUGAAUGAGCAACUUUAAUUUCACAGAUUUUGCACUUUGUCUUAUCUUCUGUUCCUGUGGUCCAUGGACAUUUGUAUCUCACCUUCAUCCACUUAAGAAGUUCCAGUUUGCCUUCUGAUAUCGCGGCGCUUUUGUUCGGAAACAGAAUGUAUCAGCAGCAGAGGGAUCACACCCGAGGUUCCGCGGCACCGCCGAUCGGUCCGUCCACAUGUUCUCACAGGGAGGCUCUGAAAAGACAGAAGGAUGUUUAAACAUGAUCUCGCACAACGGACGUCACCUUCUCUCAGUCAUCAGCUGGCGCUGCGUCGAUUGUACUGUACAGCCACAAGAUAAACACAGACACACACACCAUCCGGCGGCCGACAACUGACACACGGAAAGGUCCGGUUUAUGUUUCCUGCCGCUCCAGGCUGAAGUCUGAACACUGACUUGUAAGAGAUUCAUUUCUUUUUUUUUAACACCUCAAUCACUUUACACCAAAAGAACGUGAAGACUGACACCAAGUACCGGUCCUAGUCGUGGAUACAAAUGAAGCCGGCUGCUUCAUUUUUGAAGCCAAAUGUGAUCAAUGGAAUAGCGCCCCCUCUCUCUCCAGGUAUUUUAUCAUGCUGUUCUUGAUGAGUCAGGCAGUCUAUGCAAAGCACAUAAUGUGAAGUGAGAUGAGACACACGGAAUCUUCACCUUCGGAUCGAGAAAGCACAAAGGUGUUUGACAUGAUUUAACGGCACUGCAGACGCACACACGCGCACUUAACUUGAGUAUGCAAAAGAUUUUUAGCCAUCAUGGUGUGUUUUAUCCAAGACAGUCCAGUAUAUUAACUUGUUGCCAAAUGAGUUCACUCGGGAUAGGUUUUCAAUAACAUUCAAUAAGAGAGGUUCCCCACUUUGAAGCAAUAAUGUCAUGGGUUGAAGCAUCAUAUUCGUUCUACCAAACAGUUUAGUUCCUUCAACAAUACAGUGGUUAAAUCAUGAGUUAGUAUUGCAACAUUACUGCCAGUGUAGAAAUCUGACAUUCAAAGGAGGCAAAGUGACUCGAGCUGCAUCCACAUGGUUUCUGUUUCAAACCGGCACAGCAUUAACUUGCUCUUAGACAGGGUUUGCAUUGUGUGUGCAGUCACACUGCGAGCACAACGAUUCACUUUUCUGUGUUUUCAUUGCAUACAGAUGUGCCCCCAGUUAUUUUAGCCCACAUUUUCCACUUCAAAUGACUUUUCAUGGAUUUGGUUUAACUUCUUUUUUGGCCCAGUGAGAGGCGUGCAGUUUGUAAAACAAAAAUGUAACUUCAUUGACUACUCUGACUGUGCUUUAUGGGAUGUGUCGCAGGAAUAAUAAUGAGCCAUUUAUAAAAAAAAAUUCCCUCAAAAUAAGGCACUAAAAAAUUGAGCUGACACACACAGAGACACACGUUUGUAGAUCUAUCCUUGUGGAGACUCUCAUGGCCUCAGUGCUUUCUCCAGCCUCUCACACUAAACCUAACCAAUGGAAACUACUGGUUAACCUUAACCAGGUAUCUGAACCAAACAUAAACCCAAUUAUAAUGACUGAGUUAUUUUGAUGUCUUCAUCCUCAAAUUGAGGCCUGGACUUGUGGGGACCAGCAAAAAUGUGCCCAAGAAUUAGGAUAGCUAUACAAGUGCAUGCACACACAGGUUUGUCGCACCAUGUUGUUGGGUCCACUCAGUGACAUAACCCUUUCCCCAGCCUCUCACCCUAAACCAUCAAAACAAAUGGCUCUACUUAACCAGGACUCUGAACCACACUUAAGUUUACUUAUAAAUGACCCAUUUAUUCUGAGGUUUGAUCCUCAGGAUUAAAAAAAAAUGUGAUUCAAUCAGUUUAGGUGGCAUUUAAAUUGUAGUUUAUUUUAACAUUGAGUUGCAAACGAGAGACCUUACUGGUAAAAUUGUUAUUGAAAAAAUGUUUUGAUAACAUGGCACCUUUACUGAAAACUGAGUUAGAGUGUCUCUUCUAUUAGAAAUACUUUAAUCUGCACGUGGUGAAUGACAUCGACAUUAAAUAAAUCAGAUUCAAUUUUAGAAGUUCAAUAAAUAUUAAAUGCUGGGCAGAGGGAAGGGUUCAGUUUGAGACAAAACAAAGCCUUGUCUGCCCUCUGAAUAUUGGCAAUAAAUAUGAAUCAAGAUGAAACAAACUUUUACAUCAAAUCGUGGUCAUAAGGUGCUGAAUAUCUCUAGGUUUUCGCUACCGAUGUGUCCUAAAGUCUGAAAAAGAAACCAUCUUGUUGUGGAUGCAGCAUCAGAAUGCAUACUAUUUGCACACAACGCUGUCCAGCCUUAGUAUAAUGCAGGUCAUAGAUUUCAUAGCACACAUCUGCCUUUGUGAAGAAGGGUACUAACACAUUCUGCGACAAUAAUCCAGAGAUGUGCCUCUUGGGAUUAUGGACUAACCAGGUAGUAGCGUUGUUGAGUCGACGCGACACUGCGGGAGUGUUGGUGUGGAAACAUGUGAUACUGUUGUUUUAUUUACUGUAUUUUUGUUACAGUGGCUUCAGUCAGGGACGUGAUGUUAUCCUUAAAAAUGUAGCACACAGAUAACCACUGGCUUAAAUAUGAGUAUUAGAUUAUUGUUAUUAAUGGCACUGUAGAACUGGUUCUGUCGUACGAACGCUCGCCCAGAACCAGACACUCAUGCUUUGACUGUUAUUUAACUCUUGGCAGCUGUUGGUGAAGUGGCUGUCUUUGGAACAAUAUUUAGUUUGCUAAGUGCACAACAACAAAAAAAAAGAAAAAAUACCGUGGCAGAGAUUUCGUGCAAAUAUGUGCUUUAAUUGAUUACCAGCCUUCACUGUCAUGUGGUGUAUCCUAAUCUCAAUACCACGGAGUCGUCUGCUCUAAAUGAACCACUAUAGUCAGGCCUUCUAUUUGUGACAAGUUGCUCAGACUGUUGUCAACAUGUAAAAAAAAAAAAAAAGUUUCUAUAUGAAAUUGUUUUGUAAAUUCAGCUGCCAGUGUAAAAAAAAAAAAAGAAAACGAAAUGUUGAAAUGUAUUUUUUUGUAUCAUGCAUCACUGUUUUUUUUGUAUUGUAUAUAAAAGCACUUUAUUUUAAUUUUUCAAAUAAAGAUCAAACAGAGGCUUCUUUUUUUAUGAGUCGGGUGUCGUCUGGUUUUUACUUGGAGAUGAGAGGUCAGUGUUGACUCAAGAGGUGCAACCAGAAACAGUCAGCUACCAUGGACACAAAGAGGUGUCUCAUAAACA